CCUGGAGGAAAUGAAAGCACCCACACAGUCUUUUUUUUUUAGAAGACGAGAUGGAUGCUUUACAGUGGCUCGUGUUUUUCAUAUGCAUUUGCUUCAAAGCCACUCAAACGGAAUCAUCCUGGACAGUUGAUGUGCCGUCCUCAGUGGAAGGUCUCCUUGGCUCAUGUGUGGUGAUCCCCUGCACUUAUAACUACCCAGAUAUAACGGUCCAUACAUUCACAGGGAUUUGGAGGAGUGAUGACCGUGUCAUCUAUCAUCCAACUCAGUCUAACACUGUGGAGAAGUAUAGGGGACGAACAAAAAUUCUUGGAGACCUCAGCAAGAAAAACUGUUCUCUGAUGAUUGAAAAUCUUCAGCAAAGUGAUGGAGGGCCUUUCUUUUUCAGGAUUGAACUAGACGGUACAAACAUGUUUUCCUACUUCAGUAACAAAGUCUCUAUUUCAAUGAUCGGUGAACCAAAUCCCACUGAUUUCUUUGUGCAAGAAGAGGUAAAGGAGGGUCAAACUGUAUCUGCAUUCUGCUCUGUGUCUCACUCCUGCCCCACAUAUCCACCUGAUUUCCACUGGAGUCACUCUGGAGAGCAACAUUUUCAGACACAGAAGCUUCAAAAUGGCCAGUGGAAAGCAACAUCUACUCUGACCUUUCACUCAGACCGCACUGAUCACAACAAACCUUUACAAUGCAGGGUAACAUACCACGGAGGAAAGCAGCAGGAAACAUCCAAGACCAUUAAAGUAAAAUAUGCUCCAGUGAAUGUGAAGGUUGAGUACCAGUCAGAUGUGAAUGAGGGAGAAACUGCACACCUGAAGUGCUCCAGUGAUGCAAACCCUGUCAGCAGCUAUGAGUGGCACAGUGAAACUGGAGCUCUGCUGAAUAAGGGACAAACCUACACAAUGUCAAAUGUCUCCAGACACUCAGAGGCCGUGUACUGCACUGCUGUCAAUGAGGAAGGACGAGUCAGAUCAAGCACCGUGAAGCUCAAUGUGUUAUAUGCCCCUGUCAUUGAGACUUACUCUAAGUGUUCCUCAUAUGACGGCAUAGUAAAGUGUGAUUGCAUCGUACAGUCCAAGCCUCCCAGCAUGGUCCAUUUUGUUCUUGGUGACAGAGUCCUGCAAAGCAGCAAAGUAGAGAAAAAUGGCUCUGUUACUACUGGGACUCUGCAGACAGACUUUGGGUCCUUCAAGUUUGUGCACUGCCUGGCAAACAACACAUUGGGAAAUGCUAAUCUCACACUAUCGGUACCUGCUAAUGACAACAUGCAGAAUAUUUUCAUAGCCUCUGGAGCAGGUGUGAUUUUUCUGAUAAUUCUGAUAGCCAUUGGAGUGGGAACUGUUAAAAGAUGCAGGGGGCAAUCAGAUGGCACACCAAAAUCUGACUUAAGCACCAUGAGGUCAGACAGACCUGCGGAGCCCCCUCGUUAUGCUCAAACAAAAAGGAAGGAGAACUAUGAGGAUGUCCAUUGCAAUGACAUUUACACCAAUGACAGUGUGUAUGGGAACAUAGAGACUGACUGGGAUGAAUCAGUAUACACCAACAUGUAAUAUAUGUGGAAGACCAGCUGCGGUCAGGUCGGAGUCAAGGAAAAAAGAAAAAUCCUAGUGCUAUAUUCAUCUUAUACCACAUACAUAUUAUAUCUCAGUUUUCCUGUCAUCUGUCAUUCACAUUUCUUUGUAAAAUAUUGUAAGUAAGAGAAGUUCUGUUUUGUACUUUUGUUUGUCUGAUCAAAUAAUGUGCUUUGAAAAAUUACCAUUAAAGUUUUGCAAUAAUUA